UGCUCCGAGGCACCGGGGAGGCCUGUCGUCUGGUCCCGGGCUCAUGUUUUUCUCCGAGCCGACUUUGAACGCUCGCGACGGCACGAGAGCGAAGCCUCCGUCCCGCAUUUAACGCGGAACAUGUCGUGUUCAUGGCUCACUUGUUCACUUCUUCUGGGAACUUUAUGCGCAGGGUACAGUCUCGGAGAGGUGGAAACCCGGGAGUGUGUGUACUACAAUGAUAACUGGCGUACGGAGAGGACCAACCAGAGUGGCUUCGAGCGCUGCGAGGCGGAGAAGGACAAGCGCCUGCACUGUUAUGCCUCCUGGCUCAACUCCUCAGGGACCAUCAAGCUGGUGAAGAAAGGCUGCUGGUUGGACGACUUCAACUGCUAUGACAGGCAAGAGUGUGUCUCAAUGGAGGAAAACCCUCAGGUGUUCUUCUGCUGCUGCGAGGGUAACUACUGCAACGAGCGAUUCACUCACCUUCCUGACUUGAUUGGCAGCGGGAACCGAGUAAAAAUUCGUCCUCCUCCCCGCGUGCCAUCUCUGCUCAAUGUGCUGGUGUACUCCCUGCUGCCGCUGUGUGUGCUGUCCUUGGCUCUCAUUCUGGCCCUGUGGAUGUAUCGUCACCGGAAGCCCCCCUACGGUCAUGUAGACCUGAGCGAGGAUCCAGGACCAGUUCCUCCAUCCCCUUUGGUGGGUCUGAAGCCACUGCAGCUGCUGGAAAUCAAAGCUAGGGGGCGCUUUGGCUGCGUUUGGAAAGCUCAAUUAAUGAGCGAAUAUGUCGCUGUAAAAAUCUUCCCUGUUCAGGAUAAGCAGUCAUGGCAAAAUGAGCGGGACAUCUUCGUGUCUCCGGGGAUGAGACAUGAAAACCUCUUGCGUUACAUAGCUGCAGAGAAGCAUGGCACGAACCUGGAAACGGAGCUGUGGCUCAUCACAGAAUUUCACGAGAGGGGCUCAUUGACAGACCACCUGAAGGGUAACCCUGUGACCUGGACUGAGCUGUGUCACAUAGCAGAGACCAUGGCCUGUGGCUUGGCCUACCUCCAUGAAGACAUUCCCAGCUACAAAGGAGAGGGGCCUAAACCGACCAUUGCACACAGGGACUUCAAGAGUAAGAAUGUGAUGCUGCGAGAUGAUUUAACUGCAGUCAUCGGGGACUUCGGGCUCGCUGUUCGAUUCGAACCAGGAAAGCCUCCUGGAGAUACUCAUGGCCAGGUUGGUACGAGACGUUACAUGGCUCCCGAGGUGUUGGAGGGAGCCAUUAACUUUCAGAGAGACUCCUUCCUGAGGAUAGACAUGUACGCCAUGGGCUUGGUGCUGUGGGAGCUCGUGUCCCGCUGUUUAGAGACAGACGGUACAGUUGGGGAGUACAUGUUGCCGUUUGAGGAUGAAAUAGGUCAGCAUCCCACCCUGGAGGAUCUGCAGGAUGUGGUUGUGCACAAGAAGAUGCGCCCAGCCAUCAAGGACUGCUGGCUCAAACAUCCUGGUCUGAGCCAGAUGUGCGAGACCAUCGAGGAGUGCUGGGACCACGACGCAGAGGCGCGACUGUCUGCUGGCUGUGUGGAGGAGCGCAUCAGUCAGAUCGCCAGGACGAUAGGCAGCACUACCUCAGACAGCCCCGUCUCCAUAGUGACGUCUCUCAUCAACGAGGACCUACCUCCCAAAGAGUCCAGCACCUGAACGGAUGACGCCACCCCCUUCCCCUGAGCUCCUGACUUUUUUUAAGUUUUUAAACCACAAACUCAGCGGAUCGCCGUGAAUAACAACUCAAGAACCCCGAGCAACUUCAACGCAGCUGCUAUUUUCUCCCACUACUGGUAUUUUAUUUCUGUUUCAAGGUUUUUUUUUUUUUUUUUUAAAGUCAGAUCGUAUUGAUACAUCCAUCUGCUGUAGUUGAAGUAGUAAUAAGCUAUGUGAUGAGCACAUCAGAUAGCACCCCUUGUGUCAAACCUUAAAUGUUGUUACCUCGUAUUUCUUU